CCUAAUCCUCUAAAGGAGACCGACAAAUUGGAGGAUGAGAAAUCCGGCCUGCAGCGAGAGAUUGAAGAGCUGCAGAAGCAGAAGGAGCGCCUUGAGCUGGUGCUGGAAGCCCACCGCCCCAUCUGCAAAAUCCCAGAAGGAGAUAAGGACACAGGUGGUACGGGCAGCACCAGCGGCGCCGGCAGCCCACCAGCCCCCUGCCGCCCGGUACCUUGUAUCUCCCUUUCUCCAGGGCCUGUACUUGAACCGGAAGCACUGCAUACCCCCACGCUCAUGACCACACCCUCUCUGACCCCCUUCACGCCCAGUCUGGUUUUCACCUAUCCUAGCACACCAGAACCUUGCUCCUCAGCUCAUCGAAAGAGCAGCAGCAGCAGCGGUGACCCCUCCUCCGACCCCCUGGGUUCUCCCACACUCCUGGCUUUGUGAGGCACCCAGCCACACCCCUUGCUGGGGCUCCCCCUAGCCACCUCCUUUCUCCCACUGAUCCAGCAGGCCUGGACCACAUCCAUGCCCCAAACCAGCAGGUCCUCUGUCUCUUCAGAUUAGAACAUAUUAUGCUUUGAUGUAGAGCCAGCUUGGGGGUCCCCAAAGCUGCUCACUGUUUCUCUAGAGCUGGCCUAUCAUAAUUUGCACAAAAUUAGAGACAAAAUAUGUCCCCUUUUGGCCAGAGAAAUCCUGGCAGUCCAGACGGCAGAUCCCCAGUGGACCACUUUCACACUAUGUCACUUUCUUCGUGUGACCCAGACAGAAGGUGCCCUUCCACUAGCCUAGAACACUAACUUACACAGUUCCACUGCCAGCAGCACCAGGGCAUCCUGCAGGCUCCUCCUGAAGGGCACAACUCAGGAGGCACCAGUGGCUUCUGUGAUGAGCUGAGCUGCACUCCCUAGCUUUGAGAAGCCUUUAGUUCCAGGGUAUCCAAGCCUCCACAUCAAGGGCAGCUGCUAUUUAUUUUCCUAAAGAGACUAUUUUUAUACAAACCUUCCAAAAUGGAAUAAAAGGCUUGAAGCUCUAGUCUGAAUUGUCAUGUUGGAGACAGAGACUAAAGGAGACCGUUUGGAACAGGAGCUCUAGGGUCCAGUCUCAGCUGUGACCUUGAAGAAACUACCAUAUAUUUUUGGACUUCGAUAUUCUCAUCUGAAGAAUGGGGCUCUGCCUCAUCUCCUGUGCUGAAAGACUGAGAAUGUUCCGGAGUGCAAGCAAACAAGAUUAUCAGUUUUUCCCCUUGGGGACCUAAACUGUUCCUGUCUUAAGGACUGGGGGCGGGGAGAGACCGUGUUAUACCAUUCCACCUUCCGAACAGGCAGCCAGUGGGCUUUAGGCCCCCAACACCUGCUUCCUGCCCCAUUGUUUUGGACAGGAAGGAGCCUGGAAGGGAGCUGGAGCCACUUCAGGGGCCGGAUUUCGGCCCGUCUCGGCGCCCAUCGGGGGAGUUAGUGGUCUACCACUGCCCUAAAUCCCACCCCAAACUC